CGGAUUAGUGCUCGGCUUUUGGUUUGUACUUAUUUUAACAUGAUUCUAGUUAUUCAUCCAUUUGAGUGUUUGCUUGUAAUAAUCAGAUACAUUCAAUUGUAUUGCUUUUAAGUCUCCAAGUCGGUAAAUUAGAUAAUUAUAGCUUUAUGGUGAUUGGAUCAAAACAUAUAAAAGUUUCUUUCUUGCGAAGAGGUGGGGAGAAAGUAAGGGGAAGGGGUAUGCUGUAGGUUGAUGCCAUUUUUGUACCCUAAAAGAACUUGGGUACUAUAUAUAGGUUCAGCUUAAUCAAAGCAAUGAUUCUGUUUUUAAUUCAAUAACUUUAACCUGUUAACGUUAUACAUAUACACUUUCAUUUGGUUACUGUUAUUGUCGUUACUAUUGUUGAAUGACAGUGCCAGGGUGUUCUUGUGAGCAAAAUGGGUGAUGCAAAGAAGAACUAUUUUUCUGGAAGUUGUCCCGAGUUUGGUGCAAUCUUCAUGUUGGACAAUGCAACAAAAAAGGAAUGUUUAAGAAGGAAAGUUUUUGCCCUCCCAUAUUCGCAGUCAUACUUUGUGAAACAGGUUAAAGCCGGGAUGAUUCUGUUCCACUUUGAAUUUGAGAGUAGAGAACUGCAUGGUGUGUUUCAAGCAUGCUCUGACGGUGCAAUGAAUAUUCUGCCUUGUGUACUUAGUUCGUCAGGGAAACAAUUGCCUGCUCAGGUUAAAUUCACCCUCACGUGGUACUGUCAUCCACUUUCUGAAAAUGAAUUUUGUGAUGCUAUCAGAGAAAACUAUUUUUCAAAAACCAAGUUUAACUUUGGACUCUCUGAAGAUCAGGCGCGAAGGCUUUUAUCGUUGUUCAGUUUGAAGAGGAUGAAAGAUCAGGCACCUCCACGUUGGUUGACCGAAAGUAAAGUUGCAAGGCAAAGUGGGUACUCUACAAGAAAAAAUAGAAGACUAAUUGAUAAGUCUCCAAAGAGAAACCAAGUCCUAAGUGAAUAUGGUGUGGACAAUCAUCACGGACCAGAUAUUUCCACUAUUCCCCGACGGAACUCUUUCUAUAAUGGCGACAGACCUUUUGAUGAUGGCAAAUUUGGUAUGUACGCGGAUGUUGGAUAUGAGCAUAAAGCAAGUGCCUUCUUAAAUAAGUCUUUUCGGGAUCCUGUGGGUAAGGUUGGAGGGGUCAUAGCUUCUGCUGAAUAUGCCACAAGUGACUGGGUGGACACUGAAUGGAAAAAUGGUACUAAGCUUCAAGAAACAGUUUCAGUUGGAUAUUCUUCAGGUAAUGUCAUAAGCAACUCCAAUGAUGUUAGGUUUGCACAGAGUGAUGGAAUUGAAACUAAAUGUUACAAGGAUGAUGGUUUUCCACCAUCCAUGUCAACAGCCUAUCCCAGUUUUUUUCAAUCUAAAGUUGAUCCACAUGUUCUAGAAACAGAUUCAUUUAUCAAUGAUGUAACUAGGCCAUCUUCAAUGUUCCUUCAAACAGAUUCAUUUAUCAAUGAUGUAACUAGGCCACCUUCAAUGUUCUUUCCCUCGAUGGAGAUGCAAAAUUCCAAUAUUAGUUAUCCAAUGAAUUUUGAAGAUUCAGUUGUUGCAAAUAGUCUUUGUUAUGGUUCUGAUGUCCCUACUAUGAAUUAUAGGGGCUGCUCAUCUUUGGGGUUCAAUCAGGGCCUUGCUUCAUUGCAAGAUGCUAGUCAUGAUAAUUUUGUUGGUCACGUCAUUGGUACUUCCCAAAAUCAAUCAUUUAUUUCAUUGUUAGAGACUAGAAGAACACCCAUAACCUCUGAUGUCAACUCUGGUUCUAGGGGCUUCGUUACCUUGCACUAUUUUAAUUCAUAUGAACACUCCAGCAGGACUAUCCCGCAAAGACCUGAGUAUAUAGAUAACCUAGCAGCUGGAUACUCUCAAAUCAAAUGCUCUGGAGAUCUUUCCCUUCCGAAACCCUCUUUAGCACCUGUCCCUUUUGAAAUUAGAAAUAAUGGUAGGAUUGGUGAGCAUUCAUCAUCUUAUAGAACCAGUCCUAGCAAGUUCCCUUUCCUUACCUUUUCUGACAGUUAUCCUGCGAUAUUGCAAGAUAGACAUGAUUUUCAAGUGCAAGAGUGUGACAGGUAUCCUACGUUAUUACAAGGCAGACAUGAUUUUCAAGAUCAAGAGCGUGACAGGUAUCCUAUGUUAUUACAAGACAGACAUUAUUUUCAAGUGCAAGAGAGUGAAAAUGAUGCACAAUUUGGUAAUGAUGGUUUUAUGUUUAAAGAGUGCCAGCCCCAUGGUGAAUUGUUUCAUAAUGAUAACAGAACAAUCAAGGAUGAAAGAUUGGCUAUAUACAAUAGGGCGGAAUAUCAGAACAAAGUGGUCCAGCAGCAGCUGGAUGUUCAUGAACCGACAAAUGCGGACUACCAUGAAGUUACUUCAGUGAGUCCUGCUCUGUAUCAGGAUUCUGAUUGCCAGGAGAAAAGGAGUAGUGUGUUUUCUCGCUUGGCUUUGCCUCGUAAGUUACGUAAAAAAGAAAAGAACACAUCUCCUAGCACUACUGACAUCAAUAGGCAUACCUCAAUUAAUGAAAACAUGGACAUGCUGCACCGAAACCAUAACCAUUGGGUGGAUACAGUUGAUAAACCGAUAGUCAAACACAGUGCUGCCGCUACCAACCUUAGGGAUAAAAAGCAGGCCACUAGGAAAGAUGAUCCUGCUAUGAUCUCAGAGGAGAUGAAUCUGAAGUCUACCUCAUUCAGCAAGGAGAAUAGCAGCCAAAAAAUUGGAGAGGUGACUUUUGUCGAUUUCAAACGUCGUAGUGCGGUGAGAAAGAAUCUUGAAGAUGAUAAGACUGGAAACCAUUGUGGAACUCAGAAUGAAAGGAAUGCAGCAGCUGCACAACGUAAAAAGAGAAAAUUGAUUAGGCCAGACUUCUGUGAGAGUGUGUCAUCUGACGGGCAUAUCAAGUGA